UUCACUGCUCCGCCGGUGACGUCAUGGUGUCCGCGGAGGCUCGGGGUUGGCACUUUGUUUUGGGGCAGAGUCCAAAUAUGAAAAGGGGGGCAAGGGGGGCAUUUAAUGAUGGAGUCGAGUGUUUGACAUUGACGGGGUGAAUGGCAGAAAAAUGAUGCUUGGUUGUGGGGUGACACAGUGGCAACAGUGGAUAAGUCAGUGACCUGGAGGAGAGGGGAGGGGGUAAUAAAGAAAGCGGGAUGUCCGGAUCAAUAACACCAACUAAUGUUUGGAAGAAAUAGCAAGAAUUUCACGUGUAAUGCUUUUUUUUUUUUUUUUUUUUAAAGUGUGCCUAUAAUAUGAAGCAGAUAAAUGUAUGGGUUUUGUGUAUAAAUUACCUUGCAGUGUGGCGCCAUCAUGUGGUAGCUCCAAAAAUAUGAGGAGGACCCAAAAGUUUCAACAUGGCUCCCUAGCAACCAGAAGCUCCUGCCUGGACACAGAGGGAAGAAGAGCCAAACACUGCUCCACUCAGGUGGGCCACAGGGUUUUGCUGCUUGAGCUGCAGGUAUUAUGUAAUUCGUCGUGGGAAAUUUGUGUUAAUUUUGUCCGCCAUGCGGGGUUUAAUUUAACAUGUUUUAUGUUAAUAUUAAGGUUAGCGAGCUGGUGGCACAAUAAGUUUAGAGGCUAAGUGAAGUUAGCGUGAAUGUGUGGCGACAUUUAGUGUGAGUUUGUUUACUAACCUCAGUUCUUAGUUACCAUGUGGCAGUGUAAUUGUCAUGGUUUUUUCUUUAGUCUCCCAAUAGACUAUUAGUACACUAAGGCAGGAUGUAUGCAGUGUAAGGGCAAACUGACUAACUAUUGUUAUUUAGUGUUAGCAGUCAAUUUCAAGACAGAAAAGUCAUGAUACAGAGUGAGAAACAAAAGCACCGCGGUGACGAGGAGGUGGUCAAAGAGCUGUGCAUGGCCAAUGGAGUGUCCUAUGAAAAAAUUGCACAAGAAGGAACCAACAUCAGCGUCCUGGAGAUUUUCUUCUCUGGUUUUCCUCGCAUGGUUGGGCUUUCCUUCUUCCCAAGGCUCUGCCAGCUUACUGUAGUGGGCCAGAACAUAAAACACAUUGAAGCACUCGAGUGCUGUCCUCUGCUUCAGGAGCUCUGGGUAGUCCAGUGCCAUCUGACAGAAAUAUCUGGACUACAGAAUUGUUUACAGCUAGAGAAACUCUACCUUUAUGAUAAUCAAAUCUGUGAAAUAAAUAAUUUAGAAUUGCAGAUCAACCUAGAAGUCCUGUGGCUCAACAACAACUGCAUUACUCAGAUACAGGGCUUGAACACGCUUCAAAACCUCAAAGAACUAAACCUUGCUGACAACAAUAUUGAAAAGAUUGGGCAUAGCCUUGAUCCUAAUGUCAGCCUUCAGAAUCUUAAUCUGUCCGGGAACAAGAUACGUUCCUUUAAGGAGCUCACCUGGCUUGCCCGCUUACCCCACCUGAGAGAACUAGCACUGAAGGACCCCACGUCCACCCCAAACCCAGUGUGUCUGCUGUGUAACUAUGCCACACACGUUCUUUACCACAUGCCAGGCCUCCAGCGACUUGACACCUAUGAUGUCUCAAGCAAGCAAGUCAAGGAAGCAGCUGAGUCCACAGUAAUGAAGAAAAUGAUGUACUACAACAUGCGUGUACGUACUGCUCAGAGGAACCUGGCAGAGACCCGGCUCAGCCUGACAGAGAGGAAGAAAACUAUGUUACAGUUACCUGAAGAAUGCGUCAGAACAGUCAAUCACACCCUCAAGAAUCUUGAACAUGAGCUCUCCAAGGUGCCGGCUACAUGUAAGAAGUCUGCCUGCACGUUGGAGGAUGGAUUGACCCACCUGGUUGAAGGUUCGGCCGACAGAAGUGACCCAACCACUGACAUCAGUCGUGAUCCUGCCAUGGAGCACAAAAUACACAGCAAGAUAGAAGCGCUGAGGGAGAGACUGCUGCUAUGGACGAGGAGGCUGAAUGAGAUUGAAGCCUGGUAUGAGCGUGAUUUGGCCCAAGCCACAAACAUGAUGGAGUAUACUGUCCAGUUUCUGUUGAUGGAACUAGAAAGUGUUGGAAAUAUUCGUUUGGAAGAAGGCUGCUCCACAGACCCUUGGUUUACUUCCUGUUGCGACCUCCUGCUGUCCCGCUUCUCUCGUUCAGACUUCAAGGUGCAUGGCAUCACUGGCAUUAAGAUCAAUAGAGUUAUCCGCAUCCACAACAGUGCUUUGAGGCUUCGCUUUGAGGACAAACUUCACACCCUUCUAGCCAGCGAUGAGUCUGCAACUACACACAGGAAUUACAGACGUCGGCUGGAGCACUUGUUCUACACAGCUGACCCUGAAAAAGGCAGUGAGAAAGAAGAAAUUUUGUGCAUUGUAGAGGAAGGCUUCAAAACAGCUGAACAGUAUAAGGCUCUGGAGAGAGAAGGUAUACCUUUAUCCAAUAGCCUGAGUGUGACCGAACAGCCCAGAAUUGAACAUGCACUGCGUCAGGCCAGACAAGGCGAUUCCAAGCACAGUACGGAUACAAUCCCCUUCAGGCACGGUCAGAUUAUUGUUUCUAAAGUGUUUGUGGGCCAGAGCAUGCCUGUUCGCAUGGGAGAACGAGUGGACAGAAGCAGCCAUCACAGAGCCUACUCUGUGUAUCGCAAUGUGGACACUAAGCAAAGAACUGCAGUGGGAGAAGAGAGACCCCGCUCCUCCAAAGCACAAACUGGUCCUGAGUGCACUCCCCGCCGAAGGCAGUGGUUUAUGUUUGAGCAUGAGCUUGUCCUGCCUGAGUACAUCAUAUAUUUUGAUUACAUCAGUGGGGAUCAAGAACAACCUGCAUUGUCGGGCCACGGCACGGGCAGAGAUGAUAGUCCUUCCAAUGAUAUCAUCCUAGACAAGGAAGUCCUCAACAUGGAACCUGUGCUGAAACCACAGCCCAAGUUGUUGAGCUUAGAUGAUAAAAUUCUACUGAAUGUUGCCAGAGCCAAUGUCCUCAGUCAGAUCACUGUGCUGAACCUUCAUGGCAACAGUCUGAGUAAAAUAAAGGAGAUUUCCCGCCUUACAGCUCUUCAGCAUCUUACCAUCAGCUUCAAUGAGUUCACACGCCUUGAUGACAUUUCUCACAUGCCCAACCUUGAAUUUUUGGAUGCUAGCUAUAAUCGACUAGUGGCCUUAGAAGGGCUGAGGGGGUUGGGACAGCUCAAACACCUCGACGUGCGCUGGAACAAGUUGACCAACGCCAGAGAGGAUACGGCUGUGCUGAGAAAACACACACCCGCCCUGCUGAAGCUUGACACCCGAUACAACCCCUGGAACAGGCCUGAAGCAGUCAGAAUGACCAUACUGGGCCGUCUCAUAACCCUCACACACCUGGAUGAUAUGAUGGUAGCAGAGGAGGAGGCUGCUGUUGCUCUUCAGAUGGCUGCUGGAUCCAAAAUUAACCAGGCAUCUCUUCUGGCUCACUCGCGUACUGACAGUGAUCGUCCCCGCAGUCUCAGCCUGCUGUCAACAGCCCGGCUCCUGUGUCUUCUCAGUCCUGCACCCUGGGGUCUCAACCGAGAGCUGGAGCUAGACUGGACUGCAAUGAUCACUGCUCUGAACCUUGACAGCCAGAGGAUUUCCAGACUGAUCAAUCUGAAUAAGCUGGUCAACCUGCGCUGGGCCUCCUUUAAUGAUAAUGACAUUUCUAAAGUGGAAGGUCUUGACAGCUGUUUAAAGCUGGAGGAGCUUUCCCUCAACAACAACAACAUUAGCACACUCAAUGGCCUAUCCAAACUGCAUUGCCUAAAUAAACUAAGUGUAGAUGGGAAUCAGCUGUCUAGUCUGGAUGCCUCAGUCCUAGAUCAGCUGCCCAACUUGUCCUUCCUGUCUGUGGAGGACAACUGCAUCAGUUCCCUGCAUGGCAUCCAGAGAGUUCGCUCCCUUCUUGAGCUCUACAUCGGCAACAACCACAUUUCUACCUCACAAGACAUCUACUUUCUGAAGGGAUUGACAAACCUCAUCAUUCUGGAUCUUUAUGGGAAUCCUUUAUUGGAGAAACUGGAAAACUAUCGGAUUUAUGUAGUGUUCCACCUACCCUCCCUAAAAGCACUAGAUGGCAUUGCAGUGGAGGUAACAGAGUGUGAAAGUGCAAAGGAUAUGUUUGGAGGAAGACUAACCCCUGACAUGAUAGCAGAGAAGCUGGGCCACUCAAACUACACAGACAUCACCUACCUCACCCUGCAGUCCUGCUCAAUUAGGAUGGUUGAUCUGUGUCCAGCAGACCUCUUCUGUAGCCUGCGCAGUGUCAACUUAGACCACAACAACCUCACCUCCUUCUCAGGCCUCAUCUACCUGCCCAACAUCAAAGCUCUGUGUCUGAACUACAACCACAUUGAGUCCAUCCUGCCCAGACAGAAGACUCAUAUGACAAACAGACAGAUACUGCACAGCAAAGUUCACUCCAGUGGUUACGGCCAGCAGAGCCCAUCCAAAGGCAAAGGGGAAACUGGGCCCACUGGCAGUCUGGAGCCACUGAUGGGCAGCCUGGAGGUGCUGCAUUUGAGUCACAAUGGCAUCUCCAAUAUGGCCAAUCUUCAGCUCAGCAGGCUCACCAAUCUUAAAGCGCUCUUUCUUCAAGGUAAUGAGAUCAGCCAGGUGGAAGGGUUGGAGGGGCUUCACCGGCUCAGAGAGCUUGGGCUGGACAGGAACCGGAUCAAAGCUCUGGCUGAAAACUCUUUUAUAGCCCAGAACGUUCUGCUAGAACUGCACCUAGCAGAGAACCGGAUCCGGGAGCUCAACCAUCUAGAUCCUUUGACUGAGCUCCGCAAACUCUUUCUUGGCAUGAACAAGCUGCAGGAGAUCACAGAGCUUGACAAACUAGAAGUUCUUCCUUCGCUGAUGGAGCUCUCUGUUGUUGGCAAUCCUGUGGCCAAAAAUUCUCUGCACAGACCAGCGGUAGUGCUUCAUCUGUCCCAGCUGCAGGUCCUGGAUGGAGUAAUGGUUACCCUGGAGGAAAGAACCAGGGCUGAACUCCUCAGUACUGAUUCAUCACCAUGCUCCCAGUGCCCUGGAGCUUCGCUUCCUGCUACUGAAAUAAACCUACCUGGACUGUUACCCCUCAUGCCUCGACACAACCCUCUUAGAGGAAUGAGUAUGAGUGGAGGACUACAGAACUUUAUGCAUGGGCACGAUGUCCUGCCAAGUAACGUGGACGAGGCCCAAUCUCAUUACACAUACAAGCACAAGAAGCACAAGCACGGUAAUGCUGCUCGAAGCGGCCAAACUGACAUUACCUUUAGACACAUUCGAAAAGCAGUAAGCAACCUGACAACAACAGGCCUUCUUCCUGAUGGGAACAGAGUCAUCGUCACGUAUCCCAACCAGGAGCAAGACAGCAGGUUAAUUUCCAAAUAGUGGCAAACCUCCAUCCAUGUAGUGGCCAGAGGCAAUGGAGUAUACACUGAUAGUUGUCGAUCAGUACGUAAUCCAAAGGUGAACACGUGCAACAACCAUGACUGUGGUGUGGUCACAUAUCAUGGUAUUUUAGGACAUCAUAUCUUGAAGGUGGUGUUUCUGUAAGUGUGCCUUAAUGUAUUUGAGCAUCCGCCUCUGUUUGCAUAUUUAAUGGUGAAAAAGUCAGAACAUAGGGCAAAUCAAGUGCCGUAGUUUUUUUCACAAAGCAUUAAAUAACCUUCUGUAACCUUUUUUUGCUGUUUACAUAUCAAUAAAUCACCUUUGCGGCUCACUGAAUUUUAGUUGAAACUAAAACAUGUUCAGGGUCAAAGAAAAUUAGGCUUGAUUAUAGUGCUUCCCUUUCAAAUGCAUUUAUAAUGACGGUGACCUUAUUUUCAAUCCACAUAUGUGGAUCACUAACCAUGGUAAUCUGAGGAUGAGAGGUUUUGGUGUCAUUUCUACUGCUAUCCCAUCCUUGGCCCCAAACAAGUGAAAAAACACCCACAGAUGUAAGGGUGUGUGAGGGUGGCACGCAGCCUCCAUUGGGUCAAAUGCAUCCCCAACAAGUAGAUAAUCCAGCUUUAGCACACCUCUCUGUGGACAAUAAUCUGCAGUCACUCAGAUAAAGAUGUAAUCUUGAAUGAGGUCCAAAUGGAUUUUCAGAGAUUGUCAUUUUCAUCAUGUUAGCCUCUUUUCGAAAAAAACUGAUAGGCAAAUCUUGCGUGUUGUAACUGGAAAUGAACCUACUCCACUUGAUAUUUAUGAUGUUAGAUCUCCUGAACAUGAGAUUAUAAACCUCUAUCUUCCUGUCAGUUUAGUCUGGUAAUCUAGAAGUCCUGUAGUUAACACCAGUCUGAGCCUUAAAUGUGGGUGUGAUAAAAUGUAAUACAGCCUACAUAUAUUAUGUGACCUAUAAUUCUGGUAAUGAACUGGUAAUGUGAGAUGACAUCUCAUCCAUCGACUUAGGUAUAAACAUAGGGAAAGAGAGUAAUUGUCACUGUCACCAUGCAGACUGUUGCCAUCUGUCUCAACGACUUAUUGUAAAGUUAAAUGAUUAUUUUAACUUGAGAUGUUCACUUUUUCAUAAUACAUAUGUUUUUCAUAUUUCUUCCACCAACCUGAACUAUGGACUUUAUGGAUGAGUGCUGUUAAUGUGACCACUAGGUGUCCUUAGAGCUCCAUUAUCUCCCGCCUUCACUGCACCACUAAUCAGUCCUCAAUGAAUUUACCACCUGCCCUGUAGGUAGUAAUACAUCAGUUGAAGGCAGAUACGUGUGUGCAUGCCUUAUUUUUUUGCGUUUCCUGCCUGUGUAGCCUUUGCUGAACAUGUGAGGCAGCAGCCAGCUCUAGGCAGCAAAAGUGAAAAGCUCUCCCCAAACAAGCUCCUCUAAUGCAUGUACUUAACUUCACUUAAUUUGUGUUAAUUCCUAGCAUUAAGCGGGGCUAAUGACUGUGCAAGCGAGUGCACUGUCAUUACCUUGCUCUGCCAGACAUCAAAUGGCAGCUGAUGGACUCACAUAAAAAAGAAAAGAAAAAAACCUCUAAUGCACAGAUUUGGGGGCUCAGUGAGAGCUCUCUAAUGCAUUAGGUAUUGCAAAGGAUAAUUACACAUUUUAUAUUUGUGUACAGUAUGUGCAGUAUGGAUAUGUUUGAGGUAAAGCUGUUUUUAAUGCAAUUGUAUUUGUAUGUGUAGUGUAAGCUUAUGGUGAGCAUACCACUUCAUACAGUAUGUUUCUUUUUGCAUAUCGGUCAGUAUUUUUAACAUUAAAAUGACAUUAGCAUAAAGAAUGUGAAUAAUUCAUCAGUACUGAGUGAACCCAGAUGCACUGCUUUCUCUCUCUCUCUCUCUCUCUCUCUCUCUCUCUCUCUCUCUCUCCCCCUCUCCCUCUCUUCGCUCCUCCAUGUGAGUAGACCACAUGGUUCGUAGCUGGUUUAAUGGGAUGGAAUGUGACAGGUUAUGUUUUCAUCUGCCUGAUAUGGAGCCCGGCUCGGGCGGGAGGGAACGAGAGGGUGGAAGAGAGACGGAGAGGGUGGAGAGGGGGAAGUGAGUUGGUGUCUACAGUUGUAGUCUGGAUUCAUAAUUAGACAUGUUUGUGCUUGUUGUGAAUCCGUUAUAGAUGAUGCUCUUUCCCCCAUCCCCACUAACACACACACACACACACACACACACACACGCACACACAGAAAAACACAUGCUCUGUAUGGGGCCAUUACUGCUGGUCCACUAACUCCCUACAUUUGCUGUGUCUGUGCAUUCAGAGCACCAUUAGUCCAAGACUCUGUGAAUAAUUGCUGAAUGGACCAUGUUUUCAGUGCUAUCUACUCAGGUUCUAGUGUUGGUUGAUGUUGUGGGUGAAGUGAGAGGGAUGAGGACAAUGAUUGACGUUUGAUGCCAAAGAUAACGCAGCAUCUUGUGCGAUGCUUAUCGAAGCAGUAUGUGAUGGAUGACAAUAACAUUAAACUCCACAUGUAUUACACAUUUACCAGCUUGUAUUAACUUUAGAAGUGCUUUGGUAGAGGUUACAAUUACAUCAACAUCACCACUUGACUUGGAAUUGCUGUUGUAAAAAUGAAAUGUUCUCUCCACAUUCGGCUGAUAAUGGCAAACAACUGCAGGUCAUCAUCAAAAUAUAAAUUAUUAUUUUUUUAAAAGGUGCAUAUUAUGUCCUGAGUUCAUUUUUUAUCCCCACAAAUACAUUCUCUAUUCAAAAACAAUCUUGCCAUAUUGCCUCUCUUGAAAUCUGUCAUUGAGUUAUUGUUGUCGCUUGUCAUUUUCCUGUAAUUUGUUUCCUGUGUGGCUCCCUAGAAUAAAGAGCGAAUGGAGGAAGCGAAUGGGGAAAAUACAGAUAAAAGAAUGUAGUGAGAGUGACAAUUAGAAUGACAAGGAAAAUGCUUUUAUUUUGUGUAAACAUUUUGGAGCACGCCUCGCAGAAGCAUUAAAUCUUAACUGCUAUUCA